AUGUUGGUGGGGAGUGAGGCCAGUUUGAGUCACCACCAGCGGUCACCCCUCCGCUUCCGUGCACGAAGGUCACUGUGUCCCGCUUCCUCAGCCGAUCACGGAACUUCAGGGCGCUUUCUGAGCGCGCAGAGCUGGUUUCAAUCUGGAGAGGAAGGAGGGAGUGCCGCACUCAGGAAGUCCUACCUGAUCCCUACCUCACCCGAAGAGCUGCCCAAGUCCUUUCUGCUGCGUAGGAAGCGUUACGCCAUUAACCCCUUGCUCCAUAAAUGGGACCAUUUCAACAUCACCUACAAGAUUGUGAAGUUUCCAAGCACUCUGAACAAAGCUGACACCAGGAAAGCCAUCGCGAUAGCCUUCGUAAUGUGGAGUGACGUUUCACCUCUCACCUUCACCGAGCUCCCAACACACAAGGAUGCGGAUAUCACAAUCGGGUUUUACACGUUCAAUCACACUGACUGCUGGUUUGCCCCGCUUCACCCCUGCUUCGACGGACUCAAUGGGGAGCUGGCACACGCAUUCCUGCCCCCCCUCGGCAAGAUUCACUUUGAUAAUCACGAAUUCUGGAUUCUGGGCAAGUCUCGAUUCAGCUGGAAGCAAGGUGUUUGGCUCAAUGACCUUGUGCAGGUAGCAGCUCAUGAAAUUGGACAUGCACUUGGGCUGAUGCACUCCCGCAACAUGAGUGCACUCAUGCACCCCAAUGCGACGUACACUGGGCAGCGGCGGAUCACACAGGACGACAUCUGGGGCAUCCAGAGACUGUACGGCUGCAUUGAUAAGAAGAGGCUUUGCGAUCCAUGGGCCCGUGUUGGAUUCUGUGAGCGGCGACGGUCGUUCAUGAAAAGGCAUUGCCCGAAAGUGUGUGACUUGUGCUUUGAGCCACCAGAUGCAGUGCCUACAACCACGGCACUCCCUCAGAACAUUAAGAUGAAGUAUGUGUCCAAAGGUCGCAUCGUGACCUUCCGUUGUGGCCAGGCCGUCUCGAGGCUGAGUUCCCAUAAAGUCAGCUGGUACAAGGAUGGGGAGCUGCUGGCUGAUUCCGUGCCCGGGUACUUCAUGGUGAAAGGGCAAGGCCUCAGCAUAGUGGCAAACGAGUACAAUGAGGGACUGUACACUUGCCAAGUGCAACGCAAGACCAAGACCAUCCAAGCCAAUUCCUGGUGGAUCAGGGUCAAGGAUGACAAUAAUAGCGAUGACCCACAGAACACCAACUUGCAUCGAGGACACGGCUUCCCAGAUCAACCCAAUCCAUUGUAAGUUUCAAGAUGCAGCAUGGAAAGAGGCUAUUCGCCCUUCCGAGUUAAUGGGUGGCACAGUGGCGCCUUCACUGUAGGGUGGCUGCUUCAUGGCACCAGAGACCCGGAUUCAAUCAUGUCGACACGAUCAGUCUGUGCGGAGUUAGUAUGUUCACCCUGUGACCACAUGGGUUUUCUCCAAGUGCUCCAGUUUCCACCCACAUUCCAAAGAUGUACUGUUUGGA